AUGGCGCUGCCGCUGCUACUGAUGUACCUGCUGCUGGGGAAUGCUGUGUUUGCUGAGGCCACACUGAUCCGAGUCCCCCUCCGCAGGCUCCACCCUGGACACAGGACCCUGACCCCACUGAGCACAUGGGGACGGUCAGCACAGGGUCCUCGGUUGGGAAGCUCAGCCUCUGAUGACAAGCCCACCUUUGUGCCUCUUUCCAACUUUAUGAAUGCCCAGUAUUUUGGGAACAUUGGUCUGGGGACACCUCCUCAGAACUUCUCCGUUGUCUUUGACACUGGCUCCUCCAAUCUCUGGGUCCCAUCCACUCGAUGUCGCUUCUUCAGUGUGCCCUGCUGGUUCCACCACCGUUUCAAUCCCGAAGCCUCCAGCUCCUUCCAGCCCAUUGGGACCAAGUUCGCCAUACAAUACGGAACUGGGCGGCUGUCUGGGAUCCUGAGCAAAGAUUCGCUGAAUAUCGGAGGAAUUGAUGGUGCCUCAGUGACCUUUGGGGAGGCUCUGUGGGAGCCCAGCCUGGUUUUCACUUUGGCCCACUUCGAUGGGAUACUGGGCCUCGGCUUCCCUUCUCUGGCCGUGGGAGGAGUUCAGCCCCCUCUGGACACACUGGUGGAGCAGGGGCUACUGGAGAGGCCUGUCUUCUCCUUUUACCUCAACAGAGACCCCGAAGAAGCUGAUGGAGGAGAGCUGGUCCUGGGGGGCUCAGACCCAGCUCACUACAUCCCCCCACUUACCUUCAUGCCUGUCACCAUCCCUGCCUACUGGCAGAUCCACAUGGAGCGUCUGAGUGUAGGCACAGGGCUGACUCUCUGUGCCCAGGGCUGUGGUGCAAUCCUGGACACAGGCACAUCCCUUAUCACAGGACCCAGCGAGGAGAUACGGGCUCUGCAUGUGGCCAUUGGGGCGUUCCCCUUUCUGGGUGGGCAGUACUUCAUCCAGUGCUCCAAAAUCUCAACGCUGCCCCCAAUCUCCUUUCUCCUCGGUGGUGUCUGGUUCAACCUCACGGCCCAGGACUAUGUCAUUCAAAUUCCUCAGGCUGGCUUCCGCCUCUGUUUGUCUGGCUUCCAGGCCUUGGACAUCCCAAAGCCUGCAGGACCCCUCUGGAUUCUCGGCGACGUCUUCUUGAGGACUUACGUGACGGUCUUCGAUAGGGGAGACAAGAAGACUGGGGCUCGCGUGGGUUUGGCGCGCGCUCGUCCACGUGCAACUGAGCGGCGAGGGGGCGGGGCCGUGCGGGCGCCGUUCCACGGCACAUCCUAG